CAAUACGAUUUCGAGCUCGAGCUGGUGGAGAUCGGCCGAAUCGAAUUGGUAUACAUAUCCGCGUAUUCGGUCCAAAAAAUUCCGUAAUAAACAAGAUAUUUAAUAAUCCGAUUUUAGUCCCUCCGCGGGUUCCAGGUUGUGUGAAUUCCGAAUUCUAUUCGAGGAGGGCGAUCAAACCCUAGAAGAUCCGAUUCGUCGCCACCGAUUCACCGAUAGCUCUCAAAUCCAUGGCGUCGCGCAGGCGUAUGCUUCUGAAGGUCAUCAUCCUCGGGGACAGCGGGGUCGGGAAGACGUCUUUGAUGAACCAAUAUGUCAAUAAGAAGUUUAGUAAUCAGUAUAAAGCAACGAUUGGGGCGGAUUUCUUAACGAAGGAGAUUCAAUUCGAGGACAGGCUCUUCACAUUACAGAUAUGGGAUACGGCAGGCCAGGAAAGAUUUCAGAGCCUAGGAGUGGCUUUCUAUCGAGGUGCAGAUUGCUGUGUUCUUGUGUAUGAUGUUAAUGUCAUGAAGUCGUUUGAUAACCUGAACAAUUGGCGUGAGGAAUUUCUAAUUCAGGUAAUAAAUUUCUCUCAACCAUCGCUCAGAUGCAGGCAUCUGAGACUAAUUUGUAUCUGUUUACUAUCUUUUCAGGCCAGUCCAUCAGACCCUGAAAACUUUCCAUUUGUAGUGUUGGGAAACAAGAUAGAUAUCGAUGGUGGCAACAGUCGUGUGGUUUCAGAGAAAAAGGCAAGAGCAUGGUGUGCUUCAAAGGGUAACAUCCCCUACUUUGAGACAUCUGCAAAAGAAGGAUUCAACGUGGAGGCUGCUUUUCAGUGCAUAGCUAAGAAUGCUCUCAAGAAUGAGCCUGAAGAGGAAAUAUACCUACCUGACACUAUUGACGUGAGCAGUGGCGGCCGACAGCAAGGCUCGCCAUCAGGUUGUGAAUGCUAGAUGGACAUGAAAAAGCUCAAGUUUACUUCCAAAAUUCAUUAAGCAAAUUGAAAUUAUGAUAUGGAAAUUGACUCUCGUCUUCUGUAACUUAUUUGUCAUGUUCCAAAAGGUGUUAUUAUCAGUUGAUUAUAAGUGUCUUCUUCCAUCAUCUUGUUUUCUCAAGUUCAUUUGUUCCGGCUUACAAAAUUUGUGCCAUAUUACUACUGUUUCUGCUGUAUUUGUGGAGAACUAUGCACUUUGUUGAUUUGGAGGACUUUUCAUUUGCUCAA